AUGAGGCUGAACACCUCUUUUCCAGCCACUGGCUGCCAGAAACUCAUUGAAGUGAAUGAUGAAUGCAAACUUUGUACCUUUUAUGAGCAGCAUAUGGCCACGGAAGUUGCUGCUGACACUCUGGAUGAAGAAUGGAAGGAUUAUGUGGUUCGAAUCAGGUGUGAGAAUGACAGUUUUCCCAUCAAGCAUGUCUGCCUGCUGCUGAGUAAGGGGCAUUCCUGUUAUGGACCAAGGAGGACUGGAGAAAGAAAGUGCAAAUCUGUUCAGGGUUGCAGUGUGGAUGCCAAUCUCAGUGUUCUCCACUUGGUUAUACUAAAAAAAAAAGGGUGGGGGGAGGGUGGUAGGGGGAAGAUAUUCCUAUUCCUGGUCCCUAUUGCUUCUGUGUCCUAUUGCCUGGGGCCCAAAAAUCCUUGGGGAUUUUUGGCAAACAGCAGAAUUGGCGAACUUUUCAACCUGUCUAAAGAAGACAACAUCUGCCAAUAUGUUGUGAGAAAGCCCCUAAACGAAGAAGGUAAGAAACCUAGGACCAAAGUACCCAAGAUUCAGUGUCUUUUCACUCCACGUGUCCUGCAACACAAACAUUAUCCUAUUGCUCUGAACAAACAACAUACUAAGAAAAAUAAGGACGAGUCUGCAGAAUAUGCUAAACUUUUGGCUAAGAGAAUGAAGGAGACCAAAGAAAAAUGCCAGGAACAGACUGCUGAGAGAUGUAGGCUGUCCUCUUUGAGAGCUUCAACUGCUGAGUCCAGUCAAAAAUGA